AUGUUUCGUGAUGCAUAUACUUAUAUUAAGGGAUGUGAAAAAUGUGAACUCUUUUAUGGAAAACCACAAUUAGCUGCUCUACCUUUAAGGCCUAUGGUAGUGGAUGAACCUUUCAAACAAUGGGGUAUUGAUUUUGUUGGUCCAAUAGAUCCUCAUUCCAGUGCUGGCCAUAUGUAUAUUCUAACAACAAUAGAUUAUUUUACUAAAUGGGUGGAGGUUGUCCCCACUAAGAAGGCAAACUCAGAGGUAGUAUGUAAUUUUCUCAAAGAUUGCAUUUUAGUCCAUUUUGGUGUCCCUCAUAAGAUUGUCGCAGAUAAUGCAUCAUAUUUCUCUUUUGAGGAAUUGACCAUGUUUUGUUAUGAACAUCAAAUUACUAUUUUACACUCCUCUGAUUACUUCUCGCAAGGCAAUGGGUUGGCAGAAUCGAGCAACAAGAACUUGGUAGCAAUCAUGAAGAAGUUAGUUGAUGAUAAUGCCCGAAACUGGCAUAAAAAGUUAUAUGAAGCCAUAUGGGCAGAUAGAAUUACCCCUAAAAGAGCAAUUGGAAUGGCACCUUAUGAACUGGUGUAUGGGAUUGGUGCAAAGGUUUCUUUACCUCUGGAAUUGGUAGCAGCAAGGCUUCAAACCGUAAUUGAGGACUCCUUCUUCCAAAAUGCUCUAGAAAAGAGAGUCAUGUAUUCGAUGAAGUUGGAAGAGGAAAGAGAGAUGUUAGUGGAUAGAAUUACUGAACAUCAGAACAGGAUGAAGAAAAUAUUUGAUGUGAGAGUUCGACCAAGAGGGUUCUUAAAAGGGGAUGAAGUUCUAAGUUCUGUCUAA